UGACAGUUUAGCGCGCUGCCGUUUGGAUGUGUGUGUGUGCGCGCGCUCGUGUCUGUGUCUGUGUUUGUGUAUGUGCAUGUGCAGCUCAAGCAGCUCUUGUAAACGGAUCAUUAGUUACCGUUAGCUGCAGUGUGAGAACAGUGAUGUCUGCUAACGGCUAACGGCUCCAGGCUGGCGGUCAACACCGACAUUCACUGAGCUGUGAGGAUGAAGAGCAGAAAACACAAGACCGGCACCGCUGGAGGCGGCAAGAAGAGAGUCCCCAGCGAUGUGUCCCCCGCCACCAGCCUCCCCCCUCUGGUCGAAGGCCAGCUAAGAUGCUUCCUGCGGGUGACGAUAAGUCGGGUAUUAUGGACAGUUCACAAGCCUCCGUCUGCAAUAUUCGUCAGGCUGCGCUGGUGGGGAGAGUCUUCCAACGGGACACACUUCUUUCCAAGAGAUGGAUCACAUCUGUCACAGAAGACCAUCAAGAUCACAGCUCGCUUCCCCAUCCGCUGUGGGCCAAAGCAGUUCACCUCAUAUCUUACAGAUAUGAGCUCUCUUGUGCUGGAAGUUCUGACAAAACCUGAUCAUUUGCCGAUCGCACGGGCUCAGGUCGCGGGCAUCUCUCGUCUCUCUCUGUCACACUCCAUCAGUGGAUUUUACACCCUUGUAUCCCCAACAUCUGAGAAGCUGGGAGAGUUACAGGUUUCCCUUAAUUUGGAGCCUCUGACAGAAGCCUAUGACAGCAGCAGCUCAGGUCCCGUCACAGAUAUCAGCAUUGAAGUGCCGCAAGGCACCUCACUGACUGUGCCCUCGCAGCCCAGAACGCUGUCAGUUGGCAGUGGGAAAGAAUCAGCCGGGAGCAGCGGUGGAAACACUCCAAGAGGGAAAGACCACUUAUAUUUCCAAAAUGCCCAGAAAGACAAAGAAGAGUCACUGGAGAAUCAAAUGCCGACAACCAACAGAUCUCCGAAAAGUCAAACGACCAAUAAUAUCCUCUCAGUUAUUCUAGAGCGUGGGAACAAACUCAGAAAUGCUAUGGUCGUAUCAGCUUUGAAAUGUAACAUGGAUUCUGCUCCGGCUCUGAAAGACCCUCUGCCUCUCCCAAAGGAUAACAGCCUGCCACCUUCCAAGCCCUUCCCUUCUCCCUCUGGGAUGUUUCUUCAAAAUAUUCUUCAUGCCGAUUCAACUCUCGAGCACUCUGAUGAUGUCGCUGUAGUCUCAGACUGCAACUUGGACUGUCCUGUUGACAUGGACAACAGAGCUGUGGACCUUCUUCUGUUUAGCUUAAACACGUCACCUCUGCCCCUCUGGGAUGGAGAUGGCUCUUUCCCUGAAUCUCUGUCUGGCCAUAGCAGUGUGUGUGGGGACAGUGAGCUCAAUGAUCCACAAUAUGAUCAGAGCUUACGAAAUUUGUUCUACAAAACUCCUAUGUCAGAUAUCCGGCCAAACAACACUGAAGGAACAAUGUCCUUGAGUAAAAACCAGCUGGCGCAGUCAGCACCCAAGAUUAGUGGAGGUCCAAAUUUGGAGCCUCAGCGGUCUGCAGAUGCUGGUGGUAUGCCUCCUGGCCUGAGUGCAGAGCAGUUGACUUCGCUGAGUUUGAUCCGACGUGAAGUGACCAUCGACUCCCUGACGGUACCAACAGGCAGUCCAACCACCACACAGAGAAAGACCUCUAGCAAAGGGAAACCUCCUCGACCAAUUAACAGCAAGAAGUGCACCUAUUUUGUAGAGUAUGUGUUCCCGACGGCCUCCACUUCCAGUCGACAUGAUCGUAGUAAGGGUGGACAUGGGGAGGUGACCAGGGCUGUUGCCAGUAAAGUCACAGGAGGAACAGUCAAGUUCCAUCAGCACUCUGUGUUUCCUGUCCACUUCAGUACAGCAACAGUUAAAAAAUGGUGGGGAACUGAUCUGAUUUUCAAGAUUUACUCACGAAACAGCGACCAAAAGAAACCUGUUCCCAUCGGCAAGGCAGUUCACCCGCUGCGCUGUCUGCUGCAGUGCAAGCAGCUGAGUCAGUCUGCCAUCAUACCCGUACAGAGCGUGGAAGGAAACAGUGAAACACAGGAGAUUGGACCUCUCAAGGUGUCACUAGAACUUGCUACAGGCAACAAAGAUUUUGCUUCUGAAAAAAAUAAAAGCAAGCUGGCUCAGAGAGACACAUCGCCUUCACAAACUUUACCCAGUCCACUGAGAGAAACCAGCUCCAGAUCUCAACAUGUUGACACUGACAGAGAGGAACUACCAGGUAUCUCUUUUAAAGAUCCCAGGCUGAAUGUUUGGAGCCCUCAGAAACCCUCUCCCCAUCCCGGCCUCUGCACAUCUCCUCACAAAUCACGGCAGCAGGUGGAGGAGGACCCUAAGGUCCUGCUGCAUACGUUACUCAUGGUGCCAGAUGGAAAGAACUUCACCUGUGGGCCCACGCAGGCUCCAAACGUGUACUUGAACUGUAAACUCUGGUGUGAUGAGACGGCGAGAUCUGUCAUCAGCUGGGGUCGGACAAAUCCCUGUUUCAACUUUGUUCAGGUGACUCCUGUGGCCUUAACAACUAAGCUGCUGGAGCGGAUGAAGAAUAAUGUGGUGGUAAUCGAGGUGUGGCAGAAGACAGGAAGUUCAGGGCAGGAUCGACUCCUUGGUCUUGUUAAAUUACCUCUCCACCAGUUCUACAUGUCAUUUAGAGAUCCAAAGAUCGCCCACCUUCUGCUCCAGGCGCAGUACCCUGUUUUAGGGGUGGACUGCUACAUGCCAGUCAUUGAUGUGUCCUCAGGUAGUUGUCAAGGGAACCUCAAGGUUGUUUUGGCUUUGGGCCAAUCAGAGCAGAUAGUUGCCCUGCAGCGCACAAGGGAUGAGGAAUACGACAGCUUGUAUCAUCUGGUGAGACCAGUUCAUCUGCUUGAUCACCAUCCUCACUCACAAACAAAGCUGAUUGCAGCACAAGAGGAUACUAUGAGAGAGCAUCUGUUUGUGAUAAGAGUGGAGAAGGUAAACGGGCUGACACCUCUGCAGUCCACCGUGUGGGGUGAGGCUGACUGCUACGUCCAGUACAGUUUCCCCUGUCAGGAAGGUGACCCCGCUGCAACAGUCGACCAAAACCUCACAGAGAGUGUGAACCUGAAGCUGUUUCGUACCACCACAACUCUCUGUGUCCCUGAUCCGCUGUUUGGCCACACUGAGACUCAUGUGCUUCUGGCUCCUGAUGGAGUUCCUGUUCAGAGGCUGCUGCUCAGUUCUCUUUCAAGUGAAGGCCUAAGCAGUGGAGGGGGUGUCCAGUUUGACGUGUGGUGUAGAUAUUAUUAUCCAAACGUUCGAGACCAGCUUGUGGCCAAAGGAAUGCUUCCGUUGUCCAAACUGUGUGCCAUGGUCACCAUGCAGAGACGGCAUCCCAACGAGGCUCAAAUGUUCUCCCUGCCCCUGAUUCCCAGGACAGACAGUCCCACAGGACAUCAGCCUCAGCCCUCAGGCUUACUAGAUGUGUGCAUUCGGUACAAGCACCGACCUGUGAGACCCGAAGGUCAGACUGGUAAAGGAGCUGCCUCUCGUGUUGUGACGCUUGUGGUUCAAGUGCACAGAGCAUCUGGUCUGCAGGCUGCAGCAAGGGUUUUAUCAGAACGAGAUGAAAGAUUCAGCUACUUUGCCGGUGUGGGAGUGAACUCGUACGUCACAGUGGAGCUCUCCUUCUUGCCUGAGACUGAGAGGAGGUGCACCCGCGUAAAUGCCCGGACCUUCUGCCCGGAGUUCGACCACCACAUGGAGGUGUCCUGCGAUCUGUUGUCUCAGAGGAGCAGUGGACAAACCUGCAGCCUGGCGGAGCAGCUGGAGGAAGCCUCUGCUGUCUUCACUGUCUGGAACAGAGACAGUCGCAAAGCAGUGCACACUCAUAAGCCAAAGGAUGUGAUGUUGGGCACAGUGAAAAUACCUCUUGCUGAUCUCAUCCAUAAAAGAACAGGUAUUUCUGGCUGGUUUGGAGUAUAUUUACCUCAGGACACAAGUUCUUCUCAGCACCAGCACAUCUUGGUCGGGGGCCUGGAGAUCUCUGUCAACUUUGCCCACCACUCAGACAGGGAAGGAGUCAUUAAAGAUGCUCAGGGUUUGAGCUGGGAAAUGGCCCAGAAUGAAAUGCAAGAUGAGGAAGAAGCUAGGGGGGACAGCGUGAGAAAAAUGUCAUUGACUUUUUCGAUGCAUAGAGCGUGGCUACCUGUCCACUGCUUGCUUCUGCCGGGCCUCAGUGAGCUUGAGCGCUCUACCUACUGCUACUUCAGGUACAAGUUCUACGACCAGGAGGCCUUCUGCUCCCAGAUGAAACACCCCUCUGUUGAGAAGGGAGGCCAGGCCACGGUGCCUUUUCAGGGAAGUAGAACUGUGGAGCUGAGGAGUACUCAGCCCUUGAUGUGGUAUCUUCGAGAGGAGAGGCUGGAGGUCCAGGUAUGGGUUGCCUUUACAAAAGACAAAACUCGAAGACCCCGAGACACGGACCGACUGGUGGGUUCAGCGUUUGUCGAUCUGUCCUCUCUUGCGAAGACGCCCAAGCAGAAGCUUACUCUUAGUGGAGUGUAUCCGUUGUUCAGACGCUCAGCAGCAGAUCUACAAGGGGCUGCUCUCCGGGUGCACAUCACCCUGACAGCAGGCUUUGUCCCUGCGGAGGGACCUGCUGGAGUUGACACCCAGGUGGACUCGGACAGCCAGGUGGAGCUCUUAUCAGAAGAGGUGGAAGCAUCCGAUCAACCCCCCUCGCCCACUACACCCAAAACAUCUCAAAGCAGACACAAGAAUAAGUCCUCCAGAACAACUCCAGACAUCACAUCGGUGCAGCACACGGAAAUGAGCAUGGAUGAAUCUUUCCCUGUUACUGUUGCAGUGGAUCGGGCGAUGCACCUGAAUUUGAAGGGCUGUCCUCUAGCAGAGCGCAGUGAUGGGUCACCAUGCUGCUGUGUUUCGUACAUCACCGCAGACUCUGCUGUACCUGUGUCCACAGCUGUCAUAGCCAACACUGACUGCCCUGUGUGGGACCAUCAACAUGAGUGCAGGCUUUCAAAGCAGCUACUGGUCGAUCCACAACAGUCUCUCGUGUUCAAAGUCUGGCACAAAGGAGAAGCAGAGAGAGUGAUUGGAUUUGCCUCUGUAGACCUGUCCCCCUUAGUGUGUGGGUUCCAGUCAGUGUGUGGUUGGUACAACAUCACAGACUUCAGUGGUCAGUGUCACGGCCAGCUCAAAGUGUCCAUCACUCCACUAAGGGGGGUCCAAGACCUGCGAGGACAGAGAAAAAAUGUGAAUGAAGAAGCUGCCAAAAACUCAUCGCCAACUUUAUUCCAGGCACUGCCUCUCAGCUACCACACCACAACCACAUACAGCAGCUUCCCCUCUCACAUCAGCCGACAUCCCGAGCAGAAGAUCUCAUCACCUGACCAAACGGACCGGCUGUUUUCUGAAAGGUCCAGUGAGAGUGACCGCCACUUUGAGCACAUGGACAAAGUCCGUCUUUACCAUCAGAGUCUGCAGGAGCAGACAGCAGCUCAUUCUGUCUUUAGCAGCAGUGCUGCUGACAUCAGUCCCUCCAGCUCGCUGCUGUUUUCAGCACUCAGGAAAAAACUAAGUGAGCUGGACAACAUCCAGAGAUACUUCAGCCGUAAGCUUUCAACUCCCACUUUCCCGUCUGCGAGUGAGCAGGACUGUCACACCGAGCAUGAGGAACAGAGGGACACGGAGACAGAUACACGUCAGCUUCUUCUCAAGUCCAACCACUUAGUUGGACAAGUCAACAAUAUUAUCAGUGGUCUACGAGGACCCCACCUCGAAACGAUUCCCUCAGACCCCCAGAGAAGCUCAACAACUUCCCCUGUUGAAGACAACAACCCUCAGACUAUCCCUGAGAGUAUCCCCAGUCCACGCAGAGCUUCAAAUUCUCCUUUGCACUCGCCACUGCCAAAGAUGUCUGAAGACCAUACUGACUCUGAGCCAGAGGAAGAAAUGGACAGACAAAACUAUAAGGUUACUGUGUCCGAGGAUGAAAACGAAGGAGAAGAAGAAGGAGGACUUGAAGAAGGAACAGAUAAAGAUGAAGAUGGGGCAGGCAGCACACAAGAUGAGGAAGCUGAUGAUGAUGAAGAUUACGAGGAGUUUGUGGUGAAGCCGAGGCCUCUCAAUGAGGUGACCUCUUUAACAGACAAAACCAGUCCUUGGACCAGCAUCCUGUCAGACCCCGACCUGGUUUCUCUGGAGAGCCUGGAGGCACCAGAGGAGCCGGAUCUGAGCGAAGAUGAGGGCGAGAAAAGGCAGAUGGUAAAUCUUGGAAGUCGUCACUGUAGUGGGGAACACAAAUGUGCCAGACGAGAAGGAAGUGACAGUUUUAAUGGAUCAGCAGAAGACGCCUCAGACACAGAGAGAGAUGGUGAAAGGACACUACAAGCUUUAGAUGAGAGACGAGCAAACGAGCCCAACGAGGUGUCAGGAGACGGAGCUUCAUUACCCACCACACUGCACGCCACAGAUACCCACGAUGCUUCAUGCUCCCUGGACAAUCCAGACAUUCCACUCCAACCCUCGGUCCCCACGGAGGUCCCUAAUUUCUUCCUCCCCUCUCACCAACUGGAGGCAUCGAUGAGAGUCAUACGUUUAGCUCCUUCUUUCUCCCAGACGACCAGUGACCCUGAGCCGAGCCCUCCGCUCCACAGCGUUCCACAUCGCAGAGGUCCUCGACAGCGUCCCAACAUGUCCCCGUCGUCCAUGAAGAAGGAGACUGAAAGAAUAGCAAGAAUAUUUGCAGCUCACUUUGACGACAGUCACUAGUACAUGGUGCUCUUGUUUGCUGUUGUACAGCUCAGUGCUUUCAGAUCAUGUAAAUGAAAUGUAGCAUUUAGUAUUUUUAUAAAUAAAUAUGAACUGUUUUCCACACUGGA